AUGGAGUGGAAAGAUGGAGCUUGGCAAACACAAGAAGAAAAGUCAAGUUGUUACUUCUGUAGAGAUUUAGGAAGUAAAAUGGUUAAUGAUGUGAUGAAUGAGGAGUCUAAUAACAGAAAGAGCGUGAGCAAGAGGAAAAGAGAACAACAACCACGUAAGUUCAUAAGCACACCUGAUUCACUGCCUAACUCUGUUGUGGAAACUCCUCAUGUGAAAGAAACAACAAUGGUUCUGCCCUUUGUGAAGAAAUCACCGUGUUGGAAAGUCUUUGAAUCAAUGGAAAUCUUCAAAGCUGUGCCACAGCGUCCACAUUUCAGCCCACUGCUAGAGUGCGAGGAAGAGUUCCGUGAAGGAGAAGCCAUUGGUGCAAUGGUCAACUUCACUGGGCUGUUAGAGAAACUCAGGGAUAUACAAGUCCAUGAUUCAGUAAGCGCGAUAAACAGGAUCAGAGAUUGCUUUCUCAAGCUGGAGAAACACGGGUUUGAUGUUACAGCCCCUAGAUCUCGGAUCCACAAGAUAUUGUGCAUUAAAGAAUGCCAGACAUGGGCACUGAAAGAGGUUCAAUAUGCUGAGAGAAUGAUCACAGAAAAAGGCAGUAAAAGAAGGAAGUUGCAAGACGAUAUUGAACUAGUCUCAAAGAAGAUUGUUGAGUUACGGAGACAAGAAGCAUUGUUGAAGGAAGAGAAAGUAACAAAUGAAAAGGAGAUAGCACGGAUGAAGUCUCACGCAGUGGUUCUCGACCGAAAGGUUCAGAGUGUGGAGCAGGAUUUUAUGGCCACUGUGAGUCCCCCAUGGUACUAA